AUGGGUGCCUUCGAGUCAGCAACUGCGCUCUCGCUUAUGUUGAGAAACACUACUACAGACAAGUCUUUACUUCCCACGACGAAGCAAUUGAGGGACUUGCUGUCAGUGCUGGAUGCAAGAUUAUCACGCUCUAGGUUCACCGACUCGGUUCUAGGUUGGCACAAGUAUCUAUACAAACAUCCAGAUAUAGAUGACGCCAGCAGGAACAUUCUCCGGCGUGACUCGUCGUAUCCUUCUGUGGAGGCAACUGAAAAAUUAGUCUCUGCUUUCCGGCAACUUCAUCGUAUCGGCGACUCAAGUGUCUCAAAGAUCGCUGUGCAUUUGACGUCCUCCUCGCCGUGGGUAAUCGCAUUCACCAGGUGGUGCCUGGGUGCUCCUCCAUCGGUAUACUUGCAAGACGGCACGCCCAUAAUUGAACAACCUGACUUAAGCGUUGAUAUUAUUAUCAACACUGGGCAUACGGAGGACGAUCAGAACUUUCUGGUAACGAUCUAUCAUGACAUUGGAGACCCAGAGAAUCUUAUCGCUGCGAACAGCGGUAAACCCUGGGCAGGCAUGACAACAAUCGAGAACUAUGGCCAAUGGAUGCUGAAGGAAUAUAACCUUGAUCAAGUGCAAGCUUUCCGUGCCCUCCAGCAAUGUCUUCCAUACGCAGCAAAGGAAUAUCUCAACCAGUGCAGAUUCACUGCCAGCAAGGCCCACCAAGCACCUAUCACCAAAAAUUCCCGACAGCGAGAUGAGAAGGUGGUGGAGGAAUAUCGCACUGUUCCUUUCGGCAGUGAUAGCUCGGUGGCAGAGAUGAUCUGCCGUAUGCUGAACGUGGAAAAGGAGGGGACAAGCUUCGAGCUGGAGAAACUGGAGGCAGGGGUUCGAAUAACCGAUCUGCCUCUAGUAAAGCUACAUCUUAAGUCUCUGAGGAACGACUGUUUAUGCCAGGCGUGCGCCGAUAUAAGCAGCGAGCGUCAUGACAUAUCGGCCUGGAGAGGGGGGUGCCUCAAGGAUCAAUUUCUUUAUGAUGCAGCCCUUUUCCUCAGUGAUGCCCUCGCCCUAUCCCUAUUUCACUUGUCGGAUAACCUACUUGUUCGUAUUGAGAAUGGUAGAGACCGUCGUCGCGAUGAUUACCAUACGACAGUCUUUUCUAUCUUUACACAUCAGUCUGUCGGUUACAGCAUUAGCUCUGACAUUAAAGAGCCUUGCAAAAUCGAAGCUCUGCUCGACUGGGCCUUAACGUUGAUAGGGCACGACGUCGGGACGGAAGUAUCUACGUCGCGCUGGGCAAUGUCAUGUUUCAAGGGACAGGCUGCCUAUCCUACCAUCUUCGACACCCGUCGCAUGAAGAAGAGAGGGUAUCUCAGGCUAUCCUGGCUGCCCGGCAUACUGCAAUUCCAGUCCGAAAAGUACGAGGUUGUCAAGUCAGAGAAAGAGCGGCAGAAUCCUCCACCACCAUCCAGCAAAGCGCUGUCCUCGAGAGAGGUAAUUCGGCCUCUUAACCUUUUUCCUAAUUAUAGAUUGAAAUGGAGGGUGGAGGCAAAGGACGGUUUUCUCAACUUGGGUGUAUACCUAGAAGGGCCGUCCGUGGAUAUUAUCCGUAACCCUACUGAGGCUAUUAGCGCGCUAGCAUGCUCUCUUGUGUUUGAACGAUGCAAGCAUGCUAACCGGGAUGCCGAACUUGAGAGUCCAGAUCAAUUCUGCGGCUAUACCUCCCCGUUAAUGCCCAAUGAAUAUCUUCGUAACAAGACAAGAAUUGUUGCAGUUGAUGGCGCAGACGACCUUCGUUUUUAUGCACUUACUGAUGUGGGCAGGGACACUAUUCCUGCGGUAAUUGCUCUCUUGAUGUCUGUCGAAGUGUAA